CAUUCUGCCUCCAUGUAUGCCCACAUGCCAGAGGAGGGUGCCAGAUCUCAGUACAGAUGGUUGUGAGCCACCAUGUGGUUGCUGGGAAUUGAACUCAGGACCUCUGGAAGAGCAGCCAGUGCUCUUAACCGCUGAGCCAUCUCUCCAGCCCCAGCAAGUCAGUUUUCUCCUGAGCUGGUUCCCCAUAUGUUAACUGAAGUUUAGGCCCAUCUCUCGGCUCUGCAAAUGAGGAGUGUUCAUGUGUAGCGCCUGGCUGGUGAGACCCCAGGCAGGUCCUCCAGAACUCUGGAUUGCUAGCUUAUUUUGACACUGGUUCUCUGAGCCAUGUCUAGUCAACACAAGGACAAGACCAUCCCUGGUUUUGAGGCAUUCACAGAGCUAGAAGGAGAAACAUGUGCGUUAGUUACUGUCACUGUGAAGAGAAACCAUGACCAAGCUGCAUUUGAUUGAGAGUUUGCUUACAGUUUCAGAGGGUUACUCCUUGAUCAUCAUGGUGGGAAGACAGGCAGCAAUGGCACUAGAGCAGUAGCUAAGAGCUUAUAUCCUUGUCUAUAGGCAGGAGGCAGAGAGAGAGACUGUGCUUGGUGUGGGCUUUUGAAACUUCAAAGCCCAUCUCCAGUGAUACACCUCCAACAAGGUCACACUUCUACCUCCUAAUUCUUCCUAAAGGGUCUAACAAACUGGGAACCAAACAUUUAAAUAAGAACCUAUGGGGGCCAUUCUCAUUUAAACCACCAGAACAUCCAAAUGAAUGGCCUUGGUUCUCUGGAUUGAGGCUCUGGUAGAUACUGGAGGUCUUGGGAGAAGCACUGUACUGUGGACCUUCCUUCUGAGCAAGGUCUUGAUAGAAGCACCAGGAGAAUGGUGGGGGCAUCUCAGGCUGAAGUUAUAGUUUAAGCGGAUUGCUGGAGGUCCUGGAAUAAUGAAUGAUUGUGAGAGACGACAGGAAGACACAGAGAUGGGAGGGUAGGUGCCAGGUCUUGGAGUGUUGGCUUUCGGUUCUUUUCUGGGUGUGGAGUCUCUGAGAUCUGGAGAAAUGGUACAUUACAGGACCUAUAUACUUCACAGGCAAUCCAUCUCUUCCCAGAGGCAUCCCAGCCGUGGCUAUCCAAGGCGUUUAGUAGCACAGGUUAGAAAAGGGCCCUCUGAGUCAGGGCCAUCGGGUUUCCAGGUAGGUGUUUUCUGCUAGUCCCUUAACUUAAUGGUGCUCAGACAAGAAGAUGUUUGAGGUGAAGCGGCGGGAGCAGUUAUUGGCACUGAAGAACCUGGCCCAGCUGAACGACAUCCACCAGCAGUACAAAAUCCUUGAUGUCAUGCUUAAGGGACUCUUUAAGGUGCUGGAGGACUCCCGGACAGUACUCACCACUGCCAAUGUUCUCCCCGAUGGGCCCUUCCCCCAGGACGAGAAGCUGAAGGACGCUUUCUCGCACGUGGUGGAGAACACAGCCUUCUUUGGUGAUGUGGUGCUGCGCUUCCCAAAGAUCGUGCACUACUACUUUGACCGUAAUUCCAACUGGAACCUCCUCAUCCGGUGGGGCAUCAGCUUCUGCAAUCAGACAGGUGUCUUUGACCAGGGGCCCCACUCACCCAUCCUCAACCUGAUGGCCCAGGAGCUGGGGAUCACUGAGAAAGACUCUGACUUCCAGAACCCAUUUAGAAUGGACCGGACAGAGUUCAUUCCUAGCACUGACCCUUUCCAGAAGGCCCUGAGGGAAGAAGAAAAACGCCGGAAGAAGGAGGAGAAGCGGAAAGAGAUCCGCAAAGGCCCAAGAAUCUCAAGAUCCCAGUCCGAGUUGUAGCCUGCAGCAGUUUGGGGCCUAAGGGUUCAGCAAGAGGCCAGUCAGAAGAGGCACAACCGUGUGGCUGUGGUGUAGCAACAUCUAGCACCAUGGUGAGCAACAGCCAGUUCCAGAUGGGGACUCUAUGUUUUCUGGGUCUUCAGGAGCUGGGUCUGAGCCUCGACCAGAAAGACUGAGCCUCUGGGAUCUUAGACCGAGGGGACCUUGAGAGAACACGGUUCUGCAGACAGGACUUAUAGGGAAACUGUUGGGGGAGGCUGACUGAAGGGACUUCUGGUCUGGAUCCUCUUGGUGAGUGAGGGCUGCAGGCCAGCUGCUGCCUUUUGAGGAAGCAGUAGAACCUGGCUCUGAGUUACAGAUGAAGGUGCCAUGCUUGCAGCUGGCCUCCCUGUAUUCCUGGGCUGCCUAUCACCAGUCCAACAGCUCUCUGCAGAGCAACACUACAAGCCAGCAAAUCCAUUGGCCUCACCAAGGCUGAUGAAGAGGUUCUGAGGGUACCAGGGACUCCUAGAGAUGUCAAGACCAGCCUGGAGUAUGUUUCUCCCUCAUCAGGAGGGAGCCCCAGGCCUUUGCAUUGCAGAGAAACGAGUCAGGUUUAGGCUUCUUCUUCACUCAGUGCUUCCCUUCAUAAGGGACUAGUUUGGAGAGGGGACCCAGAAGUGUCCUGGGAGGGUAUUUAUUUCAAGGAGACCUUAAAAGAACAUGAUCUCUGUUCUCAGAUAACUGGCGACAGUCAUUGAGCUGGUUCAGGGGACAAUCAACUUGUUCUCUCUACUGCUGAAAAAUAGAGCCUGUGUGUGGGAAGAGGCCGUAGGAGACAGGUUACAGGAGACUGUGCUUUGUAAUGGGGCUACUGUGAGCUGCAGUGAUCAGACAGUGGGCUUCCCAGUUCAGGGUUCAAGCGGAGUCCCAUAGCCACAGGGCAGGAAGCUAUGGAAGGAGUUUAGGCCCUCAGAGGGCAGCCUGGUUUCUGUGAAUCCCAAGGCAAGUGGCUGCCUUGACUCUAUUGAAAUUACAGCACCACCUCUUUGAUCUUGCCAAGCCAGAAUAUAUAUCUCCUAAAGGCACGGAGACACCCACCAUCCCUGUGUCAUUCCCAGCCAUCCCCUGCCUUCCAAAUAAAGUUUUCCUCUUACUGCUGACGGUGUUCACGAGCCCUGAGUCAGCCUGACUGAUUCUGGCCUACUCUCCCUUCUCUGUGCUGUUGCCUUCAUUGGUAAAAUAAAUUUGAUGAUGUCUGAAUCCUC